AUGAAGAUUUCGAUGAGAUUUAUGACAAUGCUGAAGAACACGACGUCGGUAAUGUUCAACAGGAGCACGGCUCAGUGCUGGUCCAUCUUCUCAGCCAGUUCUAAUGGUAAGGUGGAUUGUGGACCUUUCACUCGUGUCCGUACGACGCGCAGAACCAGCCAGCAAGCUGCAGCAGGUGAAGUCAAACGGGUUAGCAUUGGAAUGGAUCUCACGAAGGUCACACUACCGACGUUUAUCCUGGAGCGCCGUUCAUUAUUGGAAAUGUACGCCGAUUUCUUCGCCCAUCCUGAUGCCUUUGUAGCCACAGUGGAGCUAGAAACACCCCAGGAAAGAUUUAUAUCGGUGGUAAGAUACUAUUUGAACGCCUUCUAUGCUGCUAGAAAAAGUGGUGUAGCGAAGAAGCCAUACAAUCCCAUUCUUGGAGAGACAUUCCGUUGCCGUUACAAUCUACCCGACGAAAAUUCCAGCUAUACCCUCCCAGACUCGUCACCAACCGGUGAGAAAACGGAUAGCGGUCCUUUCCCUGGCUCGGAUAUGAAUCAAUUGACUUUCAUCGCUGAGCAGGUCAGCCACCAUCCUCCAGUGUCCGCAUUCUAUGCAGAACAUCCAGCAAAACGGAUAUCAUUCAAUGCACAUAUCUAUACGAAAUCGUCGUUCUUAGGAUUAUCGAUUGGUGUUGCCAAUAUCGGUAGCGGUACUGUAAUACUGCACGAUUUUGAUGAGCGGUAUACUGUAACGUUUCCGAGUGGUUAUGGCCGUUCUAUUAUGAGCACUCCAUGGGUUGAACUCGGUGGUAAAGUAAAAAUUGUGUGCGAAAAAACGGGCUUUUAUGCAGAUAUAGAUUUUUUGACAAAGCCGUUCUUUGGUGGAAAACCUCAUAGGAUACAGGGAAGCUUGUACAGGGAAGGAUCAAAGAAGCCGUUUAUGACGAUACGAGGUGAAUGGAAUAACGUGAUGAUGGCAAAACCUGCCUGGGGUGACGAGUAUCUCUUCAUCGACGUGAAAGCGCAGCCGGAAAUGAAAAAGGAAUGCGUUCCGGUAAUGCAACAAGGAGAGCGAGAAAGUCGACGGUUAUGGCGCCACGUGACGGCUGCAUUGCUGCGAAAUCGUAUCAAUAUCGCUACGACAGCAAAGCGAAUGAUCGAACAACGGCAACGAGCUGAGGCGAAAAUGCGUCAGGAAAAAGGCGAACGUUGGAAGACACGUUACUUCACCUUGGGUCCUGACGAUAAAUGGAUGUAUAAUGAACCGUUAGAGAGUCGGUUGUAA